AGGCACUGACAAUGGAACUCAAGACUUGGCUUCUGGUGGAAUGAAUGCUUUGCUUUCUGAUCACCUGCGAAUGAGGAUUAAGCCUAUUGAGCCAAGUAUCCGCAAGAUCUACGUUGAUGUUCUGCAAGCUUUAAAGUCAACAUCACAAUCAGGAUGGCGUCCCGAUAUCCAAAAUGAGAAUACAACAAACAGUGAAACUGCCUUUUUGGAGACUGUCCUGCACAACUUGGUGGAGCUGCCAACAAUUGGUAAUGCUACAGUUGCUUUGAAAGAUGAAACAUCAAACCUUCAGGAGAUGCUCAACUUCUUGCGAGCCAAUCUCCCCUGUAUUGAAUCUCAUUUUGAAGAUCUCCACAUUAUGAUUAUUGAUGCUGGAAUUCUAGUUUACUCGUUGUAUGAUGUUGCAUCGGCCAAAGUGAGCCAAGCACUUCUUGAUUUUCCCGGAAACAUUCAGCAUUUCAACACUCUGGUUUAUCCCAUAGUUCAGAAGGUAUUCCAAUCUAAUUUGCCACGGAUUCAUGGAAUAGGCUAUGUUGAUUUCCUUUUAAGCAACCUGAAUGAGUUUCAAGGUCGUUAUUCAAAGUCACUUGUUUCUAUCAAGAACCAACUUCAAAUAAUUCAGAAGGAACUUGAGAGCGUGCAACCUUUUCUCAAGGAUGUUGCAAAAGAGCUACAUAAGCACCACCAAAUUCAACAUUUGGCUCAGUUAGUGAUUGGCACAGCAUAUGAAGUUGAAUAUAUAGUCGAUUCUUUUAUCAGCAAAGAAGUUCCCGAGUGCUGUCUUGAGCGUUGGCUCGUUGAUAUCAUAGAGGAAAUUGAACUUAACAGUGCAAAAAUAGAUAUUGAAUUGAAGAAAACACCUGCAGUUGACAUAGCAUUACAUGAUCCCGUGGAUGCAGCCGCUGCUCAUACAUCAUCAGAAUCUACGUCCCCAAAGAAUGAAGAAAUCGUGGGCUUUGAUCAUAUCAUUUCAGAAUUAAGAAAGAAGCUAACUAAAGGAUCCCAACAGCUAGACGUCAUCUCGAUUGUCGGCAUGGGCGGACAAGGUAAGACGACAUUGGCCAACAAACUCUUUAAUGAUGACUCAGUUAAAUCUCGAUUUGAUAGUCGGGCGCAAUGUUGCGUGUCGCAAGAGUAUUCCUGUAGGUCCAUUUUAUUGGCCAUUUUACGUGAUCUUUCUUGUGAUGACCCUGCUACUAGUGAGUUGUCUACUGAAGAUCUACGAGAUAAGCUUCAAAAAGUUUGUAAAGUGAAAAGAUAUCUUAUCCUUAUCGAUGACAUUUGGGAAGCUAGUGUGUGGGAAGAUUUACAGCCUUGCUUUGCGGAUGUUAAAAACGGAAGUCGAAUUAUUCUAACAACACGACAAGUUGAAGUUGCCAACUCAGCUAGAAUUUCUUGUGAGCCCUUUCAUCUUCCUAUGUUUAAGGAAGAUGAAAGUUGGAAAUUGCUGAAAGUGAAAGUGUUUGGUAAAGAAGGAUGCUCUCCUGAUCUUGAAAAAGUUGGGCUAGAAAUAGCAAAGAAGUGCGCAGGGCUGCCUCUUUCAAUUGUUUUGGUGGCUGGUAUUCUCGCAAAGGAAAAGAAUGAACGAUAUUGGAGACAAGUCGCUAAGAAUUUAGGUUCCCACAUUCAAAGUGACGCAAAGGCUGUAAUAGAGCACAGUUAUAAACAUUUACCCCAUCAUUUAAAGCCUUGCUUCCUUUAUUUUGGAGCAUUUUCAGAAGACAAGACGAUCAAUGUUUCAGACUUGACAUGCUUAUGGAUCGCAGAAGGAUUCAUAAAAAUUGAUAAAGAGAAGAGUUUGGAGGAUGUAGCAUCAGAUUACUUGGAGAAUCUUAUUGGACGAAAUCUAGUGAAAAUUGCAAAAAGGAGUUCUGAUGGCAAGGUCAAAGCAUGCCAGAUCCAUGAUCUAUUACUUGAUUUCUGCAAGGAAACAGCUGAGCAGGAAAAGCUUCUACUCUGCAUAGAUAGGUACCAAAGUGCCAAUCCUCCACCUGGCAUUUACUCACACCGGCAGCUAGCUCAACGUCGCCUGUCCAUUUAUGCUGACAAGAAUUAUCUUGCAAAAUGGAGUUCGUCUUGCUCACUUGUUGGGUCUGUACUUUGCAGGGAUGAUAUCAUAGAAUACCUCUCUCCAACCUCGCGCAUCUUUCAGAAAUUCAAGUUUCUAAAAGUGUUGGAUCUGAGGUUCAUUGUUGUUGAUUCUUUCCCAACAGAGCUGUUUUAUUUGAGGUAUUUUGCAGUACGAACUGCGAAGAAGUCAAUUACAUCAUGCAUAAGUAAUCUAUGGAACCUUGGGACUUUGAUAGUCAUAGGGGAAGGGACAGACUUGUCACUACCGUUUACACUCUGGAAGAUGUCUAAAUUGAGAAUUCUGCAUAUUUGUGACAAUGCUUAUUUCACCAUUAGUGGUGCAGAAGAAUUACUUGAGAACUCCUCCAAUCUUGACAAUUUGGAGACUCUUUCCUGUCCAUGUUUUUCUUGUGCGGAGGAUGCAGAAUUUGUAUUGGGAAAGAUGCCAAAUAUUCGGAAUCUGAGAUGCUCAAUUAAGUAUCCUAAAGGAAACUUUUGGGUCCUUCAAUUGGAAUUUCUAGCACAGCUUAAGACGCUCAAGGUUCAUUUUGACGUGCAUUCAGCCAUAGCUGGUGCUUACAUCUUCCCCUCAAGUCUCAACAAAUUGACUUUGUCCACCAUUUCCUGGGGCACUGGUUCAGAGAUUGCUAUGCUUCCCAAUCUUCAGGUACUUAAACUGGUAAAUGUUAAGUUUGAUAAACGCGAAUGGACAGUGAACGACAAUGAGUUCCCUAAACUCAAAGUCUUGAAAGUAGUAAACUCUGAUAAUUUUAAGGAGUGGAAUGUCUUGGAUGAUGCCUUUCCUUGUCUUGAACAUUUGACAUUGCAUAAAUGCCAAUAUCUUAAGGAGAUCCCCUCUUGGUUCGCGGAAAUCGCUUCUCUCAAGUUUGUUAGGGUAAGGUCUUGCAAUGUAGCAGCUCUUGUUGCUUCACUCAAGGAGAUCAGGACAAUGCAAGUUGAAGAUUACCAAAGAUCUGAAUUCCAGAUCAUCUUUGGCUAGUAGAAUAUGGAUUGUUUAUCAGGUACGCUACCGGUAAAAUGCACCUACCACUAAAUUCCUUUCUUAUAUUCUAAUAUGUUGCUUAUACUUUGUUUGACAACUUUUCUUGAGCGUUAUUAUUUAUUUAUUUA